GCGGAGCGCGACGUAGGCGGGGCGGCUGGGGGAACCCGGGGACCGCGAGGGCGCACGGAUUCCCGCGGGACGGAGGGGCGAACCCCGGAAACAGAGUCAUGGGGAGACACGCAGGGCGAAAGACCCCCCCAGGGAGGGAGAGACACGGGGAGGAGAGGAGAGGUGCUGGGUGCAGAUAGGCACCCGCAGCGAUACCGCGGCCGAGCGGGAGGCACGGCGACCCGGCGUCACAGCAGAGAGGGUGACAGGCAGGACUCAGGCAGGAGGGGCGAUGGGGACUCCGAGACGGACAGGGCACUGAGCCACGCCGGAGAGGGCAGUGACAUCAGGACCAGGGAGGUGGAGACACGCCGCAAGCCAAGCGAGCAGCCGCGGGAAUUCCGGGGCGCAGAGCGAGGAGAGACUGACUUCCAGGAACAGACACUGCCAGAGGCAGCCAGCCUCGGGAGGAGGCGCAGCGGCGCGGACUCCGAGAGCGCCGGGCCUCCCUGAACCACCAGGUUCUCGGUGCCGAGCAGAAAGUUUGUUGAUUGACGCAGUGACGCGUCAGACCGAGAUGCGAGUGCGGACGCACGGCGGACAGGACCCUCCCAGCCAGCUGGCGGGCAAGGGCGGCGGGGUGGGGCCCGGCUCCGAGGGUGUCCCCGCCCUGCAGCCACGCCCCGAGUGGGUGUGUGCACGUGCGGGGGCGGGGCCUUCGUCCCUUUUCUCGGGGAGGGGGCUCCUUUAAGCGAAACCCCGCCCCGCGGUCGUCGUGGCGACGCCUCCCCCCAGCCGGGGCUCCCACAUUUGAGCAGGUGCCUAGCCAGCGCCCGCCGCCCGCGCCUCCGGCUGCCCGCGCCCCCGGCUGCCCGAGCCCCAGCAGGAAGGCAGGGUCCCCGCCGCGCUCCCGGGCCAUGGCGGGCCUGGGCCCCGGCGGAGGCGACUCCGAGGGGGGACCCCGACCCCUGUUUUGCAGAAAGGGGGCCCUGAGGCAGAAGGUGGUCCACGAGGUCAAGAGCCACAAGUUCACCGCCCGCUUCUUCAAGCAGCCGACCUUCUGCAGCCACUGCACGGACUUCAUCUGGGGUAUUGGAAAGCAGGGCCUGCAAUGUCAAGUCUGCAGCUUUGUGGUCCACCGGCGAUGCCACGAAUUCGUGACCUUCGAGUGUCCAGGCGCUGGGAAGGGCCCCCAGACGGACGACCCCCGGAACAAGCACAAGUUCCGCCUGCAUAGCUACAGCAGCCCCACCUUCUGCGACCACUGCGGCUCGCUGCUCUACGGGCUGGUGCACCAGGGCAUGAAAUGCUCCUGCUGCGAGAUGAACGUGCACCGGCGCUGUGUGCGCAGCGUGCCCUCGCUGUGCGGCGUGGACCACACCGAGCGCCGCGGCCGCCUGCAGCUGGAAAUCCGGGCUCCGACCAGCGACGAGAUCCACGUCACCGUCGGUGAGGCCCGAAACCUCAUUCCCAUGGACCCCAAUGGCCUGUCUGAUCCCUAUGUCAAACUGAAGCUCAUCCCAGACCCUCGCAACCUGACCAAACAGAAGACCCGGACGGUGAAAGCCACGCUCAACCCCGUGUGGAACGAGACCUUCGUGUUCAACCUGAAGCCGGGGGACGUGGAGCGCAGGCUCAGCGUGGAGGUGUGGGACUGGGACCGGACUUCCCGCAAUGACUUCAUGGGGGCCAUGUCCUUCGGGGUCUCGGAACUGCUCAAGGCGCCUGUGGACGGCUGGUACAAGUUACUGAACCAGGAGGAGGGUGAAUAUUACAAUGUGCCGGUGGCAGAUGCUGACAACUGCAGCCUCCUCCAGAAGUUUGAGGCCUGUAACUACCCCUUGGAACUGUAUGAGCGAGUGCGGAUGGGCCCCUCGUCCUCCCCCGUGCCCUCGCCGUCCCCCAGCCCCACGGACCCGAAGCGCUGCUUCUUCGGUGCCAGCCCAGGACGCCUGCACAUUUCCGACUUCAGCUUCCUCAUGGUCCUAGGAAAAGGCAGUUUUGGGAAGGUGAUGCUGGCCGAGCGCAGAGGCUCCGACGAGCUCUAUGCCAUCAAGAUCCUGAAGAAGGAUGUGAUCGUCCAGGAUGACGACGUGGACUGCACCCUGGUGGAGAAACGUGUGCUGGCCCUGGGGGGCAGAGGUCCCGGCGGGCGGCCCCACUUCCUCACCCAGCUGCACUCCACUUUCCAGACACCGGACCGCCUGUAUUUCGUGAUGGAGUAUGUCACCGGCGGCGACCUGAUGUACCACAUUCAGCAGCUGGGCAAGUUUAAGGAGCCGCAUGCAGCGUUCUACGCGGCAGAGAUCGCCAUCGGCCUCUUCUUCCUUCACAACCAGGGCAUCAUCUACAGGGACCUGAAGCUGGACAACGUGAUGCUGGAUGCCGAGGGACACAUCAAGAUCACUGACUUCGGCAUGUGCAAGGAAAAUGUCUUCCCAGGGACCACGACCCGCACCUUCUGUGGGACUCCAGACUACAUAGCCCCCGAGAUCAUUGCCUACCAGCCCUACGGGAAGUCUGUCGACUGGUGGUCCUUUGGGGUUCUGCUCUAUGAAAUGUUGGCGGGACAGCCGCCCUUUGACGGUGAGGACGAGGAGGAGCUGUUUCAGGCCAUCAUGGAGCAAACAGUCACCUACCCCAAGUCCCUUUCCCGGGAGGCUGUGGCCAUCUGCAAGGGGUUCCUAACCAAGCACCCAGGGAAGCGCCUGGGCUCCGGGCCUGACGGGGAACCCACGAUCCGGGCGCACGGCUUUUUCCGCUGGAUCGACUGGGAGCGGCUGGAGCGAUUGGAGAUCGCGCCUCCGUUCCGACCUCGCCCGUGCGGCCGCAGCGGUGAGAACUUUGACAAGUUCUUCACGCGGGCGGCACCGGCGCUGACCCCCCCGGACCGCCUGGUCCUGGCCAGUAUCGACCAGGCGGACUUCCAGGGCUUCACCUACGUGAACCCCGACUUCGUGCACCCGGACGCGCGCAGCCCCACCAGCCCCGUGCCCGUGCCCGUGAUGUGAUGUCACCUGCCGCCGCUAGGUGUCCCCCACGCCCCCUCCAUUCGCGAUCCUGCCCCGCAGCGUUCUGGCCUCCGUCCACCCGUCCCGGGCUCUAGAUGCCCCUCCCGACGGCACCUGGCCUUCUAAACACCCGGUCUCUAGGGCCGUCCUGCGUUCUAGAUCCCGCUGUGCUGAGCCCUGUACCUGCCACCGUCCUGGCCCUGAGGGGUUCUAGGCUCCGUCCCGGUAGUUUCCCCUUCCUCUCCCACCUCUGGCGGGGAGAUAGUCUCACGGGGUCGCCCCUCCAGACUGGGGUCCAGAUCCUCCCCGUCCUCCGAGCCCCGUCCACCUGCGCUCCAGUUAUAGAGUAAGUGGGAGGCCGUGCCCUGCUCCCCGGGAUUCCAGGCAUGGAAGGGGUCUUCCCCACUGUUCCCGGCCAGCUUUUGUUCUAGACCCCCAUGCCGACCCCCAGCCACCCCUGCCCGUGCAUGGCUCCGGCUCCGGUCUCUGGGAACCUCUGCCUCCCCUCCCCUCCGGGGCCAGCCGCCUCUGGGGGCUCCUGCCCCCGCCCCUGAGCCUCUCCCACCCGGCCACAGCUGCUGGAGAAUAAAUUCGGGAUGCUGAUGCUAA